AUGGCUUUAAGAAGUUCCUUUACCUUUCCACGCUGCACUUUCUUCCACCAACACUCUCAAUCCACUUAUGCUUCUUCCAGAAUCUUCGUCUCAAUCUUGUUCCCCAAAUCCACUUCACUCACCUGCAUUCAUGAAUUCCACAAAGACAUGCACUUAGCACCCUCUUUUAGCAAGAGGAAUCUCAACCUCACCCUUCUUCUCACAAUGUUCCUGUGUGGCCAGGCUGUGCCGUUGCCAAAUAUUCGUGGUGCACUCUUGUUGGCUCAAGAAUUGGAGUUUCAGAGAUACACUGAUUCCAAGGAAGGUUUCACUCUUCUUACACCGUCUUCUUGGACCAAGGUUGAUAAAGCAGGGGCAACUGUGUUGUUUCAAGAGGAGAAUAUGGGAAGUAACAAUAUUGGGGUUGUGGUAAGCCCAGUUCGUCUUAAGACUCUUGAAGAGUUCGGGACACCUCAGUUCGUUGCUGAUAAGCUUUUACAAGCCGAAAGACGCAAGGAAAGUACAAAGGAGGCUGAAUUGAUUACAUUAGCAGAAAGAUCAGGAGAAGGAGGGUUGCAAAUUUAUGAAUUUGAAUACAAGGUCGAUAGUACUCGAGGAGGGAUGAAAAGGAUAUUUUCUGCAGCAUUUGUGGCCUCAAAGAAGCUCUAUCUUCUAAAUAUUGCUCACUCUGAUAAACCAGAGAGUCCUCUUGACCCGCAUAAGAGAAUGAUUUUAGAGCAAGUUCUUCAUUCCUUUGAUGCAGCAGCUUAA